GCCCCCAAAAUGGCGGAUUAAAAGAAGAGAUUCACAAUCGAAGUAUGUUUUUAUUUUGCCGAUCUUCGGCUUAUUUUGGCUAGUUUGACUGUAUCGAGGUACUCAGAAGAUUGAUCGUUUCAAAAUCAUGGCUUUAUCAUCAAAGGAGCUCUCGUUAUUACUUGGUAUACUCUCUGAGGACAAUCUCUCUCAGUCGUCGUUUGAAGGAAUUGCGUCCACUUUUCAUCACGCUUUUCAAAGACAGGAUCACUUUAGAGUUGGUUCAUCAUUGAUGCUUCUUCUUCAACAACCAGAUCUCUUACCUGCCCACAGUCAGCGAAUUUCAAUACUGUUUCUACUGCACGAAAUGUACAAGUCUGAGCCUCCGCAAAACAAUCCAUUUGUGCCCUUCUUUUUGCAGCUUCUGAGCAGUCAAGUAAAUGAUGAGAACUACACCCCACUGAACAGUCUACCAAUUCUUUCAUCACCAGAAAGAUUAUUUUUGUCUCAACUGCUCACAUCCCCUACCAAGGACCUGUUGAAGAAAACUCCUCGGCAGAUUCUGAUCAUGGAUGUUACAGGUGCCCAGCUUAAUGAUAUCAGUAUGAUUCAGACCAGUCUUUCGCAACAACACUCAGCUCUGUCACAUCUUGUUAAGUCAGGAUUAUCUGCAGUUAUUGGUGACCCGGAUCAUGAUAACAGUCCAGGGUUUGACCGUUCUUCUGUUCUGCAAAUCGCAGAGACUCUUGUCACAGGGGAACAUGCCCCAAGUGAAAUGUCUUUUAAACCGCAAUUUAUAAGAAUUGCUCCACCUUUAUACCACUGUGAAGAUGAGUUUGUGUGGAUGAAUCCACAAGAAGAGAAGCCAAAAAUUGAGUGGGACAAAUCAAUGUGCGCUUCGAAUAACUCUGGUUCUGAAGUACAUCAGUUGAUGGCAAAAGCAUUUAAUACCAGUUUGACAUUGCAACAACAACAGGAAGUUCUUGCAGAAUUUGAAAAUGACCCAAACUUUGUUUAUCGGAUUGGUCUUACACCUAGCAAGUUACCAGAGUUGGUUGAAAGUAAUCCUCUAGUUGCCAUCGAAGUCCUGCUGAAACUUGUGCAGUCCAAUCAAAUCACUGAGUAUUUCUCAGUUCUUGUGAAUAUGGAAAUGUCACUGCAUUCAAUGGAAGUUGUCAACAGACUAACAACGGCUGUUGAUCUGCCGCAAGAGUUCAUUCAUCUUUACAUCUCCAACUGCAUCUCUUCUUGUGAAAAUAUCAAAGACAAAUACAUGCAGAACAGAUUAGUUCGUCUGGUAUGCGUGUUCCUUCAAUCACUUAUUCGCAAUAAGAUCAUCGAUGUCAAGGACAUCUACAUAGACGUUCAGGCCUUCUGCAUUGACUUCAGCAGAAUACGGGAGGCUGCGGCUCUCUUUCGACUUUUGAAGAACGUUGAAAAGGGAGAGGGUUCUGAUCAAGACGGUGGUGGACUGGGGCCCACAACGCAAGGGAAGUGAAUGGAUAUAAAUGUACAGCGACGAGAAGAUUAUUGCAAAAUGUUCUUAAACAUCCUUCCAUGUCCAAUCCUUCCCUCUGAACCACUUUUCUGAUGCAUGACGGUAUACUAUAGGGGUUGAUACAGGAUGUGACCUAGGGAUGUGAUUGGCUGAUUUGGUUAUACUAUUGAACUAAAAUAGACCAAAGGCUGUCUCGACAUAACAAAGGCGUCUCUGCUAACCUGAGGCCAAUUUUUACUUUCAAACACAAGACUUGGGUCCGACCGUAUAACUCCCCCCCAAUUUCUGCUCGUUUCUUUUUGUUCGGAAAAGACUUUUAGCAAACACCACUCCUUUGAAUAUAUUUCUCAAGAACCACCAAAAUACAUUUAAUCCGUCCAUUAUGUU